UCAAACAGAACCGACUUGGCAGAUUGUGGCAAGUCGCGCACUCUUAUUUAUAUCUCAACUAGUACUUUAAUUUUUUAAUUUUUUUAUCCAGUUUUGAGCCCACCUGCAUUCGCGGGGCGGCUCGUCUCUUUUGGAGGAACUAGCGCAGCAGCUAACGAGCUAACUGUCCGCGAGUGGAGCGAGCAAGACGGGGUGUCGCAAAGCGAACGCUGCUGGGACUUCUGUGGUGGACACGAUCCAGAGGGGUUGUUUCCACCGGAGGAGGUGUUUCUCACGCCUGGGCCGGCUGCGUUGUUUGUUCGUGUUAUUGUUUUUAUUAUUUCUGGCGGAGCGUCCCGACAUGUAUGCUAACAGCGGCUAACGGAGCCAGCUUGUUGACGCGACUGGUCUGGAUGCUGUCAAAGAGGAGACACCGACGUGGUUUGCACCACCCCACCAUGGCUCUGUCGUAUUAAUUAAACCCAAAUGAGGAGUUCUCCCCAGUAGAACCGGACGCGGAGCAUGCAGCAGAAGAAAGGGCUCCAGAAAAGAUAGUCGGGACACUGAGCUAAACCAGCAGCGUGGUUAGUCCACCACUAGUUCGGGGACUGUUAAAAGUGGUGUGGAAAUAACCUGAAGGAUGAAGAAGUUUUCUAGGAUGCCCAAGUCCGAGAGUGGAGGACUCGGUGGGGCGUCCGGUACCAGUUCGAGCUCGGGAGUCAGCAGUUACUACGGGAAGGUGUUCGCAGUGGGCCGGUACCAGGUCACCGUGGAGGAGCUGAUCGCAGAAGGAGGUUUCUCGGUGGUGUUCUUGGCUCGAACGCACAGCGGCGUCCGCUGCGCUCUCAAACGGAUGUACGUCAACAACGUACCGGACUUGAACGUCUACAAGCGAGAGAUCACCAUCAUGAAAGAGCUGUCGGGCCACAAGAACGUCGUCCACUACCUGGACUCCACGAUCAAUUCGGUUUCAGACAGCGUUUGGGAGGUCCUGAUUCUCAUGGAGAACUGUAAAGCGGGUCAGGUGGUGAAGCAGAUGAACCAGCGGCUGAACGUGGGCUUCAGCGAGGCCGAGGUCCUCCACAUCUUCUGCGACACCUGCGAGGCCGUGGCUCGCCUGCAUCAGUGCAAGACGCCCAUCAUCCACAGAGACCUGAAAGUUGAAAACAUCCUCCUGAACGAUCAGGGACAGUACGUGCUGUGUGACUUUGGCAGCGCCACUCACAAAGUUUUGCUCCCGCUCAAAGAUGGCGUGACUGCAGUGGAGGACGAGAUAAAGAAGUACACGACCCUUUCAUACCGGGCGCCAGAGAUGAUUAACUUGUACGCAGGAAAAGCCAUCACCACUAAGGCAGAUAUCUGGGCGCUGGGAUGCUUGUUGUACAAGCUGUGUUUCUUCACUCUUCCGUUCGGGGAGAGUCAAGUCGCCAUAUGUGACGGCACCUUUAUUGUUCCAGACAACUCCAAGUUCUCCUUCAAGUUGCACUGCUUAAUCAGAUAUAUGCUCGAGCCGGACCAGGAGAAAAGACCAGACAUUUACCAAGUGUCUUACUUUGCCUUUAAAUUAGCUGGAAAAGAGUGUCCGAUACCAAACCUCUUUAACUCUCCCAUACCUACGUCUCUUCCUGAACCUCUGACAGCCAGUGACGUCGCUGCUAAGAAAAGUAUGACAAAAGCCAGAAUAACAGAAUCUGUGGGCCCCACUGAGACGUCGAUAGCUCCCAGACAGAGGCCGAAGGCUGCAAACAGCAACGUCCUGCCUUUUACCAACACCGUCACCCCUGCCAAAAUGGCCGUGCCUUCAGCCCCCGUCAGCAACGGUCAGAAAGCUCCCACUCCCGGCUCGGGACAGCCGUCCAUGCAGGCCCAACCUGGCAGUCAGCAGCACCGCGUCCUGCAGCAGCUGCAGCCGGGCGACCUGCGCCUGCAGCAGCUACAUCAACAACAAGCAGUGCAGCAGCAGCAGCAGCUCCAGUACCUCCAGUACCAACAGGCCGUGCAGCAGCAGCAGAUGAUGAUGCAGCCGAUGUACCAGCAGCAGGUCGCUCAGGCUCAAUAUGCUGCCAUGCUGCAGCAGUACCAGCAGGCCUUCAUCCAGCAGCAGCAGCCUCUUCCCUACAUGCCUCCCCCUCUUGAGUUCCAGAUCCCUGUGGGUUCUUAUAAUGCCACCACACCCACUCCUGGACCUGGACUGGGCCAGAUGGGAGGACCGUCACCUGUGGAACCCUUGUACACAAACACCAGUAGAAACCCUCUGCUGGCCACCGACGGCGUCGCUCCAACCGCUCAGAGCAGCAGCAGUCACCCCCCCGACAUGUCGGGCUGGAACCCCUUCGGAGAAGACAACUUCUCUAAACUAACCGAGGAGGAGCUCAUCGACCGAGAGUUCGACAUGCUCAGAGCAAAAAAACCGGCGGAGAGAUCAGCGAGCUCUGAAACGGACCAGCCGACGCCCUCCAACGUCAAGCCUCCACCCCCCGAGGAUCUGUUCGGCUCCAUCCCGUUUGUGGCCAACGCAGGAACCAGCGUGACGAGGAGCGAGCAGACCACUGAGGUGGUUCCAGCCUCCACUGAGGGUCCGGAGUCGACCAAGGAGCCCAAACCGAGCAAGAAGAGUACCGUCAGACCCGGCGACGAGUCGGACAGCGACUUCGAGUCUGACCCCCCGUCACCAAAAAGCAGUGAGGAGGAGGAGCAGGAGGAGGAGGAGGCCUUGAACAGUGAGCACGGCGAGGACACCGAGCCGGAGAAUUUAGGACAGAGGCCUCUGCUGAUGGACUCUGAGGAAGAGGAGGAUGAAGACAAACACAGCUCCGAUUCGGACUACGAACCCAGCAGGGUCAAGAGCCGCUCCAAGAAACCUGCAGGCCGUAAAGAACCUGUGGCGGCUUCCAGGACUCCUGCAGAGGCGAGUCUGAUCACCCCUCCUCUGUCCCCCGGCGGAGCGAGACCCUCGGAGGACGUGGACGUGUUUGGCGCCAUUCCCUUCCUUGGAGGAGUGUCACCUGUGGAGUCCUCUAAGAGCACCGACAUCUUCACCAAAGCACCUUUCAGGCAGGUGAGCCUCGAGCGUCCAGCCGCCGCCGAGUUUGACGUUUUUAUCAAAGCUCCGUUCAGCCGGAACCUCUCCAAGUCCGGAAAGAGCGGCGGGGACAUCCCCAUGGGUCAAACGCCACCCGUUUCCCCCGAGGCCAUUGAUGUUUUUGGCUUCUCCCCCUUCCAGCCGGGCCCCACCGAACCUCCCCCCACCACCUCGAGGAGCGCCGAUGACAUUUUCCGCUCGUCCUUCGAGGAGUCGGCGAGUCAGCAGCGGCUGAAGCAGCGCAGCCUCCAGAAGCUGUCGUCUCGACAAAGGAAAACCAAGCAAGAGGCUGCGGCGGGGGGCAGUAACGGGAAACGGCACCACGGGACCCCGACCGGAGGACGCAAGAGCAACAAGCCCACCUACCGCACCCCCGAAAGAAUCCGCCGACACAAAAAGGUUGGCCGCAGGGACUCGCAGAGCAGCAGCGAGUUCCUGAGCACCUCCGACUCCAAAGAGAACAUCAGCGUGGACAUCACCAUGUCCGAAGGGAAGGACAAGGGAGCGUCUCUGUCGGCGGACGACACAAUCCUGGACCCGUUCGGAGCCAGACCCUUCCACCCUCAGGACAGCGGCCGGCUCGGCCAGUACCCGGGCCUCGGUGACAAUAAGAGUGACGUGAGCGCUGCCAAGUCCUGGACCGGGUCUCUGAACGGCGGAGAGAACACGGAUGACUUCGGAGCAGUGCCGUUCACAGAACUGGUGAUCCACAGCGGACCUCAGCAGCAGCCGUUGGACCUGGACCCGUUUGGAGCUGCACCUUUCCCCUCAAAGCAGUAACAGUUUCCUGAGUCUUCCCUCUCGAGUCGGGAUAAUUUUGAUGAUUUUUAUUAGAGUAAAAACAAACUGAAUCCUGUGGAGCCUCGUGAUGCUGCAUCUUCAACAACUUUGAAUUCAGAAACCGAACCGUGACUCUUAAGAUCAACUCUCGACUCUUCGUCGUCCGCCUUCUGACGAGUUUUCAGCACCGCCAAGCCUUACGUGAGCUGGGCUCCGCCUCGCCUCCCAGAACCUGGGAAACGUCUGGGGGGGUUUAACUUCGCUGCGCCUCUUUAAAGUUUCCUCUAUGCAUUUUUCACCCGGGCGUGGUUCUGUAUCGUUACAAGGGAAAGAUUUUUAUAAUAGUUUUUAAGAAAGUUGGAGCUUUUCUUUUUUCUGUCACCUUUCAGUUGGGCCUUUUUUCUUUCCUGCAGGAAGCAUCUUUGGAAUUAUUGGUAAUUUUCCUUUUUAUGAGCUUCAAGUUCUUUAGAAG